AUGGUGAGCUGGAACUGUCAAGGGUUAGGGAAUCCCAAGACAGUUCGUCGUCUCAAGGAAAUAACGAAGACCUACCGACCCGACAUCUGUUUCCUUAUUGAGACUAAAAAUCCCGAUGACUUCGUACUUCAAAAAUGUGAUCAGCUUGGGUAUGAUGAGCAUUUCUUGGUAACUCCCACAGGCCACGGAGCGGGGGGUCUUGUGUUACUUUGGAAGCAAGAAAUAAAGUUACAAGUGCUCUAUCAUAAUGCUGAUGUAAUCGAUACGAGUAUUGAAUACGAAGGAAAAUUAUUCUAUGCAAGUUUUGUAUAUGGCAGUACGGACAGAGGCCAAAGAAACCUGCUGUGGAACCACCUCUUGGCAUCAGCAGAAUCACGAGAUGCACCGUGGUUCCUUACGGGGGAUUUUAAUGACUUACUGCGUAGUGAAGAGAAGGUAGGGGGCCCGGACAGGCCAGAGGGCUCCUUUUCAGACUUGCGAACCUUUUUUUCUGAAGGCGACCUACUGGAUAGAGCUGUGGCCAAUAGCUCUUGGGCGGAGAACUACCCAUCGGCUCGCUGCCAUUACCUGGAGUAUGAAGGCUCGGAUCACAAGCCACUCGUCUCUUUCCUUGACCCAACUAUGAUGAACAGGAAAGGUCUCUUUCGGUAUGACAGAAGGCUCAACACGAAUGAAGAGGCAAUAAAAGUGGUUCUGGAGUCAUGGGCUAGCUUAGACCGGCCAAAAGUAUCUGAGAGACUAGCGGCUACAAGAAGAGCAUUAUCAGAGUGGAAUAAGCUACAACAACAGAACAGCAAGGUCCUUAUUGAGCAAAGAAAGCAAGAAUUGGAGGCAGCCCUGACUAGCCCGCUAAAUGACACGGCCCUUAUCAAGGAAGUUGAUGAUAAACUUAAUGAGGCCUAUCUGGCGGAGGAGGCUUUCUGGAAGCAAAGAAGCCGGCUGUUGAGGCUCAGUUUAGGAGAUAGAAAUUCUGGGUUCUUUCAUGCCACAACAAAGAAUCAGAAAAGGGCUAAUGCUCUAACAAUAUUGGAAGAUAGCGCAAGGGUGAUGGUAUAUAAAGAGACUGAGAUAGCGAAGACAGUAGAGGAGUACUUCAAAGAGCUGUUCACCUCGGAACAGGGGGAGCGAACUAGUAUGGUGACAGACACCCUCCAACCCCUAAUCUCGGAUGAAGAUAAUGCGGGCCUGAUAGUAAUACCGUCGGCCCUGGAGGUGAAAGAAGCAAUGUUUGCUAUUAAUGGAGAAAAAGCACCAGGACCCAACGGGUUUUCGGCGAGCUUCUACCACACCCAUUGGAGUGUGAUCGGGCCAGACCUUGUAGAAGAGGUUCAAGUGGUGUUCAGAUCAGGAACCCUUCCCCGCAGAGUUAAUGACACUCACGUGUGCAUGAUCCCGAAGAUCAAAGGCCCGCAACGAGUAUCUGAUUAUCGGCCUAUUGCGCUAUGUAAUGUUUAUUACAAGGUCUAUUCCAAGAUACUCCAAAGAAGGCUACAGCCGCUGUUGGGGAAGAUUAUAUCGGAGAACCAAUCAGCUUUCGUCCCAGGGAGACUGAUAGGAGACAACAUCCUAAUUACUCAUGAGGUUUUACACACCUUGAAGACGUCUAAAGCAGAGAAAAGAGUGGCGAUGGCAGUAAAAACGGACAUGAGUAAAGCGUACGAUCGACUAGAAUGGGACUUCAUCGCGGCGGUGUUAGAGAGACUCGGAUUUCACCACCAGUGGAUUGGUCUAAUCAUGCAGUGUAUCUCGACAGUUACAUACUCCUUCCUCAUUAACGGUUCGCCUAGAAGAAAGGUUAAACCGAGCCGAGGGAUUCGCCAAGGCGACCCCCUCUCUCCCUACAUAUUCACUCUUUGUAGUGAGGUACUCUCGGGUCUUUGUAACAAAGCACAAGCGGAGGGCCGUAUUGAGGGCAUUAAGGUGGCAAGGGGGAGUCCCCGGAUUAACCACCUGUUGUUUGCGGAUGACACUAUGUUCUUCCUCAAGGCAAACAAAGAAUCGACGCUGGCACUAAAAGAGAUCUUGCAUAGCUACGAGAAAGCAUCGGGCCAGUCGAUUAACCUGGCAAAGUCUUCGGUCACGUUCUCAUGCAAAGCCCCGGCUACAUUGAAAAGAAUGGUGCACAAUGAACUGCAAAUCCAAAAGGAAGGCGGAGUUGGGAAGUAUCUUGGUCUACCGGAGCACUUCGGAAGAAAGAAGAAAGACUUGUUCUCGUCUAUUGUGGAGCGGAUUAAACAAAAAGCAAGUAGUUGGUCGAACAGAUAUCUAUCCGCAGCAGGAAAGAUGGUGAUGCUUCAAAGUGUCCUUUCACCUAUACCAUCCUUCUCCAUGACAUGUUUUAAACUCUCAGUAUCCUUAUGUAACCGUAUCCAAUCAGCGCUCACCCGGUUCUGGUGGGACGAUAAGUCGGGGAAGAAGAAGAUGGUUUGGAUCGCUUGGAACAAAAUGACUCUUCCAAAGAGCAAUGGCGGUUUGGGCAUCAGGGAUAUACAUGCAUUUAACGAUGCUUACCUGGCCAAGAUAAGCUGGCGACUGAAGGAAAACCUAGACUGCCUCCUAGGGAGAAUACUCCUAAGCAAGUACUGUCCCGAUGGGAACCUCCUCACAUGUUUCGCGCCGAGUGCAGCGUCUCAUGGUUGGCAAAGCAUUCUGGAAUCAAUCAAGGUCUGGGAUGAUGCAUGGUUAACGCUUGAUGCUCUGUGCCGACCAAUGGGCCCAGAAACUAGAGAAUCAGCUGAGUUAACGGUCAAAGAUCUCAUCCUAGAGGAGACCGGCGAGUGGAACAGAGGUCUGAUCCAGACUAUCCUACCGUUUGAAGAAGCAAGAAUUCUCAAUCUACAACCUAGUACUAAAGGAGCACCUGAUGCGUUAAAAUGGUUAGGAACAAGAACAGGGGAGUACUCGGUCAAUGGCCCCGAAGGUAAAGAUGUUUAUGUGGAAGUGUCUGAGGGGAAUCCUCCCGUGUGGGAUCUCGCUCCUCUCGACGGACGGUUUGGAAUUAGCGGAUUGACAGAUUUGAGAGCUGACUGGACUGAGCUCCAGAAGCAGAAGUGCCUCCCCCCAACAGGUUUAUUUUCCUCCCCGAUUGUUCCUUGGAUUAUAUGGGGCUUGUGGAAAGCACAGAACAGGUAUGUCUUUGAGAACUUCGCUGGGACUCCGGCAGACAUACUAUCACAGGCAAUAGUUGCAGCAAAAGAGUGGGCCUCCGCGCAGGAGAAGAAAGCUAAAUAUAGCCAAAAGAGCCCGGAGCAGACGUCUCGUGAGCUUGGUACGAUAGCUCGGUCGGACACUGCGUGGUCAGAGACCACAAAAAAUGCAGGGCUAGGGUGGACGGUAACAUCGCGAGAACAGAGGACCAUGCUAAAGAAAGGGAUUGGUUUUACUCCCUCAGCCCUAGUUGCAGAAGGCUUAGGGCUGACGGAAGCGGUAGCUACUUACAACUUCCAUGGAGUGAAGGAAGCAUUGUUUGAACCGGAUUCGAGCCAGCUGAUUUCGGCUGUCAAUGGUGAUAACCCCCCCUUGGAGCUGUAUGGAAUUGUGGAAGAUAUCCACAUUAUUGCUAGUGCUUUUUGA